UUUCCCAUUUCCUGCUCCUUAUUAGUUUAUUUUGCUUUUUUUUUGUUGUUGUCCUUUUUGACAACAUUACGAUGAAACUGAAACACUUCCCGCAGGAUCCUACCAGGAAUGAAAGUAUUGGUAAGCACGACUUGUAAUACUACGUAAAUGCACCAGUGACGCUCGUGCUCUUCCACGCUGGUUUUAAAUGUUCUUCAGUGCCCCCACCCCCCUGUUUUUAGAGAAUAAAGGUCCAAAUCAAGAGCUCAUACAUAGAUUUUAUUACACCCCCCCUCCCUUUUUCUUUCAUUUUCCCCCUCUAAAGUCUGAUUGCAUUGUGCUGCGUUCACGCUCUCUGCCUGCCAGUCAGAAAAAGGGGAUUAGUCCUCCCCCCUCGUGCUCUCUCUCUGGUUGCUUGUGGUGAUCCAGUGGAUCUUCCAGUGGAUCUUCCAGUGUGCAGCGAGCCUCCGAGCAGGUCGGACCGGUCGGAUUGUGUCGUGACCGGAUCACACAUUGGACCUACGCUCGCUUGUUUUUUUGUAAACUGUAUUUUAUAUUCUCAAUCAAUCACUUUGCAAGUUUUUGUUCCCCCCUACUGGAUCCUUGUGUAUGCCAACUGAUACCGACACCGACUCUUGGAUCUACUGCUUUAAUUCCCUACAAAAUCCGCUGCAAAUUGAGGAUUUUUGGAUUUUACAAAGCUGCCCCGAGUCAGAUAUUAAAAGGAUUGUGCAGGACUAGACUGGACAUGUGGACUCUACGUUGCAUCCUCUAAAAAACUGCAAUAUUAUUGUUAGUUUGGUGGCGUGUUGCAUGAGAUGAGAAGGUAAUGGGAGAGGGCGCACACACAAGAAGGGAGCGUUGUUUGCCUUGCAAGGACUCUCUGCUGGCUUCUUUUGACAACAUCCACUGGAGUUCUAUUUAAAGUCCUGGACCAGCACCUUUUCCCUCUGCACAAGGACCACCAAUGGCUCAUUAGAGUGGAAGACAUGGGAUGUGGACCAAAAUAGUCCAGCUUGGACACUGAGCGCCCUUACUGUGUUUUUGCACCUGACCUCUGACCUCCGUCUUCUGGACCCCAUCCUCAGCAGCUAGCCGUGGACCUGCAGCUUGGCGUCUUUGGUCUUAUUGUGUCCCGGUUCCGAAGUUGGCUCGACAUGGCGUGUCCGUGGAGUGGCAAUGGAUUGUGGGUACUGCUGGUGCUGAUACUGGAUUUACUGGGAACCACGGCCAGCAGCAUGGAGCCCAUCUACUGGAAUUCACUCAACGAGAGGUUCCUGGAUGAUAAGGGCUACAUCCUCUACCCUCAGAUCGGCGACCGGCUGGACCUGAUCUGUCCCCCGCUGGACACGGCUCGCUCCACGCCGGAGUACGAGUUCUACAAGCUGUACCUGGUGGCGUCGCGGGAGCAGGCGGACCGCUGCGAGGUAAUGGGCGCGCCCAACAUCGUGCUGACGUGCGACGAGCCUACGCGAGAACGCCGCUUCACCAUCAAGUUCCAGGAGUUCUCGCCCAACCUGUGGGGCCACGAGUUCAAGAGCAUGCACGACUACUACAUCAUCGCGACGUCAGAUGGGACGCGCCAAAGUCUGGACAGCAUGAGGGGCGGAGUGUGUGCCACGCAGGGCAUGAAGGUGGUCCUUAAAGUGGGGCAAAGUCCAUACGGGCUGCCUCCCAAGAAGGAGACGGCGGGACGCUCCACCAACAGGAACUCAGGCGGGAACUCGACCCAUUCAAGAGGACCCAACACCUUUGGAGGAGCCGAGGGGGGCGGCGAGAACGGCCCCCUGCAGCCAUCCAACAUCGCCCUCAUCGCUGGCGCGGCAGGAGGCUCUGCCUUCCUCUUGCUGGUCACCGCCGUCAUCUGCGUGGUGUGCUACAGGCGGCGGCACGCCAAGCACUCAGACACCCACCACCCGCCGCUGUCGCUGUCGUCACUCACCAGUCCUAAGCGGGGCGGCGGCGGCGGCAUCUCCAGCUCCAACAACAACGGAUCGGAGCCCAGCGACAUCAUCAUCCCGCUGAGGACGUCGGACUCGGCCUACUGCCCGCACUACGAGAAGGUGAGCGGCGACUACGGACACCCCGUCUACAUCGUGCAGGAAAUGCCGCCACAGAGCCCAGCCAACAUCUACUACAAAGUAUGAGAACUGGAGUGCAUCCAUCUUGCCCGUCAUCACUCCAGUCCCCGUCCCCUCGCCACAGCUCGGCCCGCCAUCACAACUCAUUGUUCAUCCAGCAAAAUGGAACCACGACCAAACCCAAUCUCACAUUGAGCGGGCUGCCAAGCGUGCAUGAGGGUUCUCCAGCCCUCCCGGAACGUGGCCGGAACAUCUUUGAGCCGCGCCGGAUCAAGGAAACGUUCCCAAAAUGCACCUGGAAGAGCACUAAUGUGGCUUUUGGACUUUGAGAGAAUCAAAAGACGAUCGCUUAGAAAAAUAAAUCAAUAAAAGCCCAGUUAGUGCUGAGGAACUCCCAGUCGCCAUACCUGCCUAGAACCCAGCAGCCCGCCGCUCGGAGCGCCAUCCAACACUCCUUUAGGAAUUAUUUGAACAUAAGGGGAGGCGGAGGAGGCUCGGGGACUCGGCCAAUCAGAAAAGCUGGGACGGACGUCAGUCACGUGACCCGGCCUCUGACACUCAGAAUCUUGUAUAUUUUAAUAAGGCGUGUGUGCGUGUGUGUGUAUGUGUGCUUUACAUGGGUGUGACUGUGCUCUUUAGACUUGUCUUAAAAAUACCAAAACACAAAAUAGUGAGCAGAUAUCAGAAGAAAACAACACAAAAAAAGUUUUAAAAAAAGUAUUUUUUUUAUGGCUAUCAACACUUAUAGAUGAUAUAUAUAAAUAUCCAGUUAAUAGAUGUUUUUCUUUUGUUUUUUAUCGUUUUGUAAUACCCGCUCUUCGCUAAAAGACGAUGCCUCUGUUGCUAGACCUUUUUCUAUUUUUUACAAUUUACCCUAGUACAAUCUGCCUUUUUUUUUUUUUUUAUUAUUAAAAAUGUUAAUUUAAUCCCACGUUCUCAACCGUUUACCCCCUAAGGUGUCUGUAUAUUUUUAUAGCUUCUUGUUCUAUGCUGUAGUGUUCACGUUUAGACCUUGUUUGUGGAAGUGUUGAGGUAGAGCCAUCCAUCUUUCUUUUUUUCUUUUCUUUUUUUUAAUUCCAAAUGUUUUUUUUUCGUUAAAGAGUGGAUGGCAGAGGAGGGUUAGAAAAAAGAACUGAAAGCGGCAUUUGAAUGCGGAAAACGAGGAAGGACUGUGAUGAAAUUGCACACUAAAAAGGAAAGAGGAUGAAGGAUGCUAAAAGAUGGGUUACAUUCCCAAGGAGUGGAACCAUGCAUCACACACACACAUGCACUCACACACACACACACACACACACACACACACACACACACACACACACACACACACACACACACACACACACACACAUGCACACACACACACACACACACACACACACAUACACAGAACUACAAAAGCACAUGCAAUCUCCCCUUGGUGUGUUACAUUAUUUGUGCACAUACACAAAUUGACUAACAAUUGCUUUCAUAUUACACAUUUGUGUCUCUGUGUGUGUUUGUGUGUGAUGGACGAGUACAUGAAAACAUGACUUGUUAGUGAGGGCUGCGUUCAAAGGCACCCAUGUGCUUGGCAGUUGAAAAAAAUACUUUUGUUGUGCUUAAGCAUAGAUUUUACGUAAACACACACACCUACAAAACGCCAUGAAAUCUCCUCUCGUUGUUACAUCAUUUGUACACACACACACACACACACACACACACCCAAACACACACACACACACACACACACACACACACACACACACACACACACACACACACACACACACACACGCAUGCACGCACGCACGCACACACAAGCCAGUUAAGGACUGCUACAUCAACUGCCCCAUUACCUAAUACACGCUUUCAUAUCAAAAAUGUGUGUGUGUGUAUGAUGGUAGACUACCUGAAAACACACAAACAGCAGCGGCCUGUGAGUGAGCGCUGCGUUCAAAGACAUGUGUUCCCAUGUGCUUAGCAGUAAAAAAGAAAAAUUGUUUUGUGUUGCUUAAACACAGCUUAUACUGUGUAUGUAAACACACGCCUGCAGACACACAGUGUUGUGUUCAGAGGCGCCGUGUGUUCACAUAUGUUGGCAGUAAUGACAUUUUGUGUUGCUCAAACAUGUUUGUGGCUAAUGUGAACCUGGAUGGCAGUGCCACACACACUAACACACACACACACACACGUGCACACUCCAGCGUUUUAUUUGUGCGAUCUUUCCUUAAGUGUGUUUUUGUAUCGGUACCUAACAUCAAUUUGUAUUAAAAUGUGCUUUAAUUGUCACGUUCUGCCAUGUCGAGGAUUUUUGUAGCCUUCUGGAUUGUAUUUGACGGUGAUGACGUUAUGAAAAGAUGACAUUGUGGUCGUGAAUGAGGUGAGGAGGGCAGUGAGGGGGUGUGGGGGGGCUCUCUUUUGUACAAUGUUGUUGUUUUUACGUCCGCCAUCUAUUUAAACAUGCCGGGCGAGGAGCGCGUGGUAACUCGCACGCCCUCCCGAGCCCUUUUUGACAACUUCUGCAACAAUUUGCAACGCUCCCAGGCAACAUGACUGUGAUCAGCCCAAAAAUGGCUGCAACCUAAGGGGAGACAAAGGAGAGGGAGAGCAACAACAUAGACUGCAUACUACAUGGUAUUCAUCCACGUCAGACUGCCAUGGUAUGUCAUGUUUCCACGUGGAUGUUAUUCCUCUCACCGCUUUUGUUUGACAUUUCAGCCAGUAAUGAACCCAUGGAGCAGGUUCGCAAGGGGGCCUGGCCCAGAAUCGGUUGGCGAAAACGUGUGUGUAAAUGUGUGUGUUUUUGCCAAUAAGCCCGAGUGGAGGUCUGCAAAACGACGCGGAGCCUAAAAAUGUGUGUCUCCUCACCUCGCCUCCUUUCCUCCUUCCUUGUCUCCUCAUCACAGUGACCCCCCCAGCCCCCGACACACACCUCUAAAGAGAGGAAAAGAUGAGUACAUUCCUGCCUUGGAGGGGGAAAAAAACGAUUGAAUAAAAAAAUGUUUAAGCACCA